CCGAGGCGAUGGCAACCAGGAGAAGCCAAACUUGGUCCCCCGGCUCGCGGCGUGCCUGCGCGCGGUGCUCAUGGCGCUCUAUGAGCUCUUCUCUCACCCGGUCGAGCGCAGCUACCGCGCGGGGCUCUGCUCCAAAGCCGCGCUGUUCCUGCUGCUGGCCGCUGCGCUCACGUACAUCUCGCCGCUGCUGGUGGCCUUCCGGAGCCACGGGUUUUGGCUGAAGCGGAGCAGCUACGAGGAGCAGCCGACCGUGCGCUUCCAACACCAAGUGCUGCUCGUGGCCCUGCUGGGACCCGAAAGCGGCGGGUUCCUCGCCUGGAGCACGUUCCCCGCCUUCAACCGGCUGCAAGGGGAUCGCCUGCGCGUCCCGCUCGUUUCGACUAGAGAAGAAGACAGGAACCAGGAUGGGAAGACGGACAUGUUACAUUUUAAGCUGGAGCUUCCCCUGCAGUCCACAGAGCACGUUCUCGGUGUGCAGCUCAUCCUGACUUUCUCCUAUCAAUUACACAGGAUGGCCACCCUCGUGAUGCAGAGCAUGGCGUUUCUCCAGUCCUCCUUUCCUGUCCCAGGAUCCCAAUUAUACGUGAACGGAGACCUGAGGCUGCAGCAGAAGCAGCCGCUGAGCUGUGGUGGCCUAGAUGCCCGAUACAACAUAUCCGUGAUCAACGGGACCAGCCCCUUUGCCUAUGACUAUGACCUCACCCAUAUUGUUGCUGCCUACCAGGAGAGGAACGUUACCACCAUCCUGAGUGAUCCCAACCCCAUCUGGCUGGUGGGCAGGGCCGCAGAUGCUCCAUUUGUGAUUAAUGCUAUCAUCCGAUACCCUGUGGAAGUCAUUUCUUAUCAGCCAGGAUUCUGGGAGAUGGUAAAGUUCGCCUGGGUGCAGUAUGUCAGCAUCCUGCUUAUCUUCCUCUGGGUGUUUGAAAGAAUCAAGAUCUUCGUGUUUCAGAAUCAGGUGGUGACCACCAUCCCUGUGACAGCAACGCCCCGGGGAGAAGUGUGUAAGGAGCACUUAUCCUAGGAAGGCCAUUUCUGAAGACUCAGCAGGACCGUGGCUGCCUCAUCGUUAUCUUCUGGGAACAUCUUAGGACCUUUUGAAAGAGCCCAGCGGACACAUGCGGGCUUGUGUGCUUUUCCCUCAGAGACAACAGUUCUUUCCAGUUUUGCUCUACACAAGUUGCGUAUCUUCAGAGCUCCUGCAGAAUCAUCAGGGACCAGUUUGUGGAAAGGUCUGAGGGUUCCUGGAGGCUAUAAUUUGCUUUUUGGGUUUUUCUUCUUUGCCUUGGAGUUGAAUUUCAGGAGAAAAUUGCAGUCAGUUCAGACAUCUUGGAAAGCGUCCCAUCUCUGGUCAAGCAGAGACUUUUCCUCUGUUGAACUGAAAAACAUACUGUGCAUUUCUUCCUUGAAUUGUGAGCCACUCUUACUCUUUUCAGGGCUCUCUUGUGACAAACAUGCCAAUCACUAGCACUUUGCACCCCUGGGCUUCUCCAUUUCCCAUUCAGAGCUUUGAUUUCCAGAGCUGAGGCCUUUAACGGGAGACCUGGAGGGGCAGGGCCUAAGGGCAAUGGCCGCAUUAGCACAGGCAUCAGGGAGGGCCGCUGAAGAACACUUGGAAGGACACUUGGACCGUCCACCUGCCCCAGCCCAACAGUCAGUCAUCUGUCAUCAGCUCAGCUGAGCAGCCCUGGAUCCCUGCCCGACUGUGGCUGGGUCUUUGCCCUGUCUUGCCCUCUGUCUGUGCCCCUGGAUGGCAGGCUAAAGUCAGAGGGGCUGUUUCAUUCCCAGCCCCCUCAGCAGCGCUGGGGGAAGAAAGGAUUGUCCCAACAGGUUCUUUCUGGCCCUUACCCAACAGCCUGGGCACUUGGCCCUCCUCCUCCUUGACAGCCCUCCCCCUUCCUGCAAAGGACAGGGGCGACAGGAGUUGGUGUUGGGAUUGGCUCCCACUGCCUGACAACCACAAGUUUAUUCGGAAGGCUAGCGGGAAGCCCGGCGGCUGGCUUUUCUCUUGACUAAGGAACAGGGUGCCCAUCAGAGUGGGGCAGGCAGCUUUGGGAAGGACACAAGAAGCAGUGAGGAAGUAAAGAGGAUGCUGGCCUGGGCAGGCCAAUCUAGCCUGGCCACCAGCAGAAUGCCAAGCAGUCCAGUGGAUUACCCUCGUGGCUAAGCAAGUGUCUGCGAGAGCAGAGAUGGCUGGAAGGGGCCUCUGCACACGGAAGAUGGCUUGUUCAGCCCAUUGAUCUCCUGAGGACGCAUGCAGUCUCCUCUAAGAACAGAUGGAGCUGCUUCCUGAUCCCAAGCAGGUCGUUGCCACUGGAAGGACAUGGCCCCGGUGAUCCAUGCUUCAUGCCCACCCAGAAACACACCCCUCAGUGUGUGCCUCAGUUUACUUUGGAGAUCACUUGUCAUUUUUAGUGCUCCUUUAGGCUUCCUAAAAACAGUUUUGGAAACAAA